AUGGCGGCACAGGGGGCGUUGGCGGAUGGUGCAGCUGAGGCUGGGGUAGGGGAAACUGGUUUAUGGGAGGACGCUGCUGCUGUGGAGCCGGGUUUGACGCUGCGGGUGGAGACUGUUGUGGCUGCGGUGGCAGAUACGACGGAGGCGGAGCGGGUGACGCACUGGCCUGCUGCCGAGACUGUUGCCGCCUUUGACGACGGCUUAAUCCCACCCGAUGCGGUGCAGCCGACGGCGACGCCGCCGUCGGCAGACGAGGGUCGAGCUGCAGAGGCGGUACAGGUGGAGCGGGGGCUGGCUGAUUCACCGGUGCCAGCAGUGGCAGAGUCCUUGCCAGCUCUCGAAGAGUCAGAGAUUGCUGCGGUCGUGGCUGAGGCAGCGAGGCGACAAGGACAACCCCCGAGCGAAGCAUCUGCGCCGACUGCCGCUGAGUCCGCCGGAACGCCUGCUGCUGCCGCGGCCGCAAGCACGCAGGCACACGGCCAGGCGGAGGGUGGAAGUGAGGGUCCCGCGAUCGUCGCCGCUUCCGGCACCGCCUCGGCGAGGAGGAAGACGAAGCUGCGCGCCCAGCCAACGCCGAGGCGGCCCGGAGCAGGGCUGGGACCUGGGGUCCCGGGACCCCUCCUGGGCUGGCUUCGACAAGGGCAGUCGCCACCAGGGCAAGCGCGUUUGCUGUCAUCUGCACCACAGCCUGCAAUGGGACCCGGCGCGAGGAGGAACACGGGUGAGACUGGUCAAGCACAACGGGGAGCCGAGCAGUCAAGUCCAAUGCAACAACCAAUUAUUACACCCUCGACCCAGCAAGCAACUCACCGCGAAACACGGAGCUCGAAGAGAGGUCGCGGAAUAGUGUGGGGUAGGCCGUCAGGGGCGGGACGAGCGACUAUGGCGACCCCCUGGGACCCGGCUGGCAGGGGUUUAAGGUCUGCACAGGAAAGCGCGAGGGGCGGUGGCGCCGGCGUACCCUCCGCGAUCCUCUGCGGAGGAAGAGGGGGAAGGGGAGGGACACGCGGAGGGGGAGUUCCUCUCCUAGGAGGAGAGGCUGCGAUCGCAAGAUCAGGCACGUGGCGUGAUCGCCACGACCGUCCAAAGCGUGUAGCUACGCUCGUGAAUGGGGGUGAGGAUGGUUCUGAUAACUCCCCGAAUGGGAGCGACUUUAUCCCGUCGCACUCUGAAGCAUCGGAGGAGGUCUCCCUGGGUGAUGACAAGAAUCAGAAUGUCUUGACGCAGAGGCGAGUGAGGAGGGGGGAGCAACGUGGUAUGCCACAUCCUUCCAACAUGCCAGCAGGACAGGCCGUAGAUGUGCUACCGCAACCAUCUAAGAAAUCGCCUGCGGACUUGGCAAAGGACGAGUCUUUCUGGCAUUUGGCUAGCACUUGGGACAUCGCGCCACUCCAGCGAGCGGACCAACCGUUUUUGGUGAGGCGGUUGCCCCCAAAGAUUCUGGAGAGCUACACCUUGUGUCUUCUGGCACCACUGCUGUGGCUGGCUACCCAUCCAGACUGUGUGGGGGCGUGGACUGUGCUGCAGUUUUUGCCCCGUUUGACCCUUCGACCUCUCCCAGAGCCGGUGGAAGGGAACCGCUGGAUCAAGAUUGAGACUCGGCUGCACCACUUCAGGCUCGGGGAUCUUGCCGAUCUCUACAGUGAGGCAUGCGCGAUCCCCGAUACUGGAGCCCCGACACGUCAUCAGCCAGACGAGGCAAGCCUGUGUGCAUGA